UCGAAACUCGCUAGCCGCUAGCUUAGUUCAUGUUCUGCUGGUGUGAAAUCCUGAAUUCUUCGCUUUUUAUGGAAGCAGAUAGGCAUCACAUGUGGGGUAGAAAAAUGCGUUUGAUGGUAAAAAUAUCAGCAUUUAAAUGUCUUUCAUCCCCACAAUGACGCGUUUAAGCCUUUGCAGUACUGUCACUUUAGAUAUUCUACUGUACCGUUAUUCCUCUUGACAGAGUUCACUUCAGAUUUAUUUACAGCUAAACUAACUUUAGCACUUUAACAACUCUUCGCGUCUCAAUUAGCGGCUUUUAUUGCGGAUGGUUUAAAACGUUAAAACAACAGCAAAAUGCCCCAUUUACUGCCGUCUCUGUUAAAAGUUCAAAUUGUGAUGGUUUAUUGUUAAUCUGUGUAGCAACGUUGUGUUUGGGGGUUAUGCUUUUGAGUACGUGGCAGUGACUGACAUCUCUGCUAGUAAAAGCUAAGGACUUUAGUGGCGGAGUGUUUGUUCCACUAUGACAUUGAAGAGCGUUAUAACGCUGACCCUGCUGCUGCUGAAUGCGCAUCAAGCAAAGUCAACAUCGAAAGGCGUCACUGCCAGUCUGAAAGCGAAGUGGAGCAUGACCCCGUUCCUUCUGGAGACCAGUGAAUUUAUUGGAGAAGAUGGAAAUGAGAAAUUCUGGCAGUUUGUCGACACGGUGAAGGAACUGACAGUCUACAAGCAAGGAGAGUCGGUUCGCUCGUAUUACAACUUGAUCAUAAAGAAAGCAGGACAGUUCCUCACUGAUCUUCAAGCUCACCUCCUCAGAUUUGCUCUGGCCCUGCGCUCUUACUCACCUGCGAUCCAUUCAUCGCAGCAGAUAGCCAGUGAUGAGCCUCCGCCGGAGGGAUGCUCUGCCUUUGUUUCCAUCCACGGACAACAAAGCUGCAGCACCAAGGACAUCAAAAAGCUCCUUAAGGCUGCUGCAGGCAGGUCAAAACCAUACUUGUACAAGAAUGAUCACACAUAUCCAGGAGUCAAUAAAAGUGAUUUGCCAGUAGUGAUUUUGUAUGCGGAGAUUGGAACAAAGAAGUUUAGCUCUUUUCAUAAAGUGCUGACAGAAAAAGCAGAGGAGGGGAAACUUGUCUAUGUGUUGCGGCAUUUCUUGGCGGAUCCAAAGCCCGCAAAGAUGCUUUUAUCUGGUUACGGCGUCGAGUUGGCCGUCAAAAGCACAGAAUACAAAGCUGUGGAUGACACCAAAGUAAAAGAUUCGAAGAGCGGGACAAACGCUGGGGAGGAUGAUAAUGAUGAAGUUCAAGGAUUCAUCUUUAGAACAUUAAAGAAAUCUCAUCCUGAGCUCCAGGAGCAGCUUACUGAGCUUCGGAAACAUCUCCUGGAGAGCACCAACGACAUGGCCCCUCUCAAAGUCUGGGAAAUGCAAGAUUUAAGUUUCCAGGCAGCAGCAAGAAUUAUGUCCGUCCCAAAGUUUGAUUCUUUGAAGGUCAUGAAAGAUCUCAGUCAGAACUUCCCAAGCAGAGCAAGAUCACUGACGAGAGUGGCCGUUACUCUGGAAAUGAAGAAGGAAAUUGAGGAGAACCAGAAGUAUCUCAGCGAGUCACUUGGUGUCCAUCCUGGCGACGGGGAACUAUUUAUCAACGGACUGCACAUCGAUUUGGACACUCACAACCCUUUCAGCAUCUUGGAGAUCCUCAGGGGAGAGGCCAAGAUUUUGGAGGGUCUUCAUAAUUUAGAGAUUAAAGGAGAACACCAGGGCAAAUUCCUGAGUUUGCCUGUGAACACGGUGGAUGACAGCUACGCCUUGGACAUCAGGCAUCCUGCUAUUAUGUGGAUGAAUGACAUUGAGAAUGACCACAUCUAUCAGAACUGGCCAUCCGGCCUGCAGGAGCUCCUCAGAGCCACGUUUCCUGGUGUCAUCCGACAGAUUAGACGCAAUUUCUUCAAUUUGGUGCUUUUCCUGGACCCUCUUCAGGAGGAAAGUGUUGAGCUGUUAAAGCUAGCUGAGCUUUUCUACAAGCACAAGAUCCCCUUGAGAAUUGGAUUUGUGUUUGUUGUCAACCCCAGAGAUGAUAUCGAUGGCUUCUCAGACGCAGGAGUUGGAUUUUACCGGCUCCUGAAUUACAUCGCAGACGAAUAUGAUGUACCCCAGGCUGUGAUGUCUAUGAUCUCACUGUACAGCAAAAUGGAUGUGGGGGGGACAUUGUCUGCUGGCACAAUCUCUGCUUACCUGAAGAGAAAAUAUCCAAAAGCCAAUCCUGAAAAUAUUCCAGGAGCAGAAUCAGAGUAUGACUAUAAAAGGAAGGACGGAGCACUCUUUUACAAAAAGAGUGGCUUGGACGCCCUGCCCCUUGCUUUAUUUAAUGGAAUACCCCUAAACCCUGAUGAGAUGGACCCAGAGGAGCUGGAGACCAUUAUUUUGCAGCGCAUAAUGGACUCCACCACCGCAUUCCAGAGGGCUGUCUUUGUGGGCCAGUUAACUGAAGGUUUGGAUGUGGUGGACUACCUGAUGGAACAGCCCAACGUGGUUCCCAGGAUGAAUCCACUCAUUUUAAGCACGGACCGAAAAUAUCUCGACUUCACAGGCAGGCCAGUUGUUGAUGAUUGGAACGACACAAGUAUGUUUUCAUUCAUGGACUCCAGAGACAGAACAGCUGUGAUGGCCAAGAGAAUGAAGUAUUUCACAAAGACAGAUGAGGAUGGUAUGACUGCUGUGAGCAUUUGGAUAGUUGGAGAUUUUGAAAAGGUUCCAGGAAGAAAAUUAUUGCUUAACGCUCUUAAACACGUGCAGAGGGCCAGCCCCGGCAUGCGCUUGGGGGUGAUAGAUAACCCCAGUGGAAAACCCUCUGAAGAUAACACGGUGCUGUACAGGGCAGUCUGGGCUUCUCUCCUCACCCAGAAGAAUAAGGCUGCUGCAGAGUUUGUGCAAAAACUCCUGAAAGAAGAGAGCAUUCAGCUUCUCCAGCAGAAAACUAAGAUUAAAGACUUACUGAUGCAGGGCAUGGAUGUAGAUGCCUUUGAGAAAAAAUUCAACACACUGGAGGUUGAUUUUAUCCGCAGUCAGCAGCUGUUCUGUCAGGAUGUUCUGAAGCUCCUUCCUGGACAGCGAGCGGUGAUCAGCAAUGGGAGGAUCAUCGGUCUGCUUGAAGAGCAGGAGGAGUUCACUGAAGAAGAUUUCCAUUUGCUCCAAAAGAUAACCCUCAGAGGUUCCGCAGAGAAAGUCAAAGCCCAAGUAAAACAGAUGGGGAUGAAGGCAAAGCACGCCAGCGACUUACUCAUGAAAGUUGAUGCCCUCCUUGCUGCAGCUCCCAAAAGAGAGGUCAGAAGGGAUGUUCAUUUCAUAAAAGAUACCCACAGUGUGCUCCACCUCUCACAGCGUGAAAACGAGGUCUUCUAUGAUGUUGUGGUCAUUGUUGACCCUCUAACUAGAGAAGCACAAAAGAUUUCCCAGCUCCUAAUUGUGCUUAGUCAAGUGGCCAAUGUAAAACUGCAGGUGUUUAUGAAUUGCAAGGCCAAGUUGUCGGAGUUACCCCUCAAGAGUUUUUACCGUUACGUCUUGGACCCUGAUGUGACGUUCUUGGCCAAUGAGACAGUUUCUCCAGGACCAGUGGCCCGUUUCAUGGAUCUCCCAGAAUCUCCACUCCUCACUCUUAAUAUGAUCACACCAGAAAGCUGGAUGGUGCAGGCGGUGAGCAGCCCCUACGACUUGGACAACAUCCACCUUCAGGAGGUGAACGGGGUUGUGACCGCAGAGUUUGAACUGGAGCACCUUUUGUUGGAAGGCCACUGCUUUGACCUGUCGACCGGCCAGCCCCCCCGUGGACUGCAGUUUACGCUUGGCAUGAGUCGGGACCCGCUCAUGUAUGACACUAUUGUCAUGGCUAACCUGGGUUAUUUCCAGCUGAAAGCCAAUCCCGGUGCCUGGAUUUUAAGAUUACGCAAAGGGAGAUCCGAAGAAAUCUAUCAGAUUCUCACACACGAUGGAACCGACUCCCCGGCGGAUGCGGGGGACGUCAUAGUCGUGCUGAACAGUUUCCACAGUAAAAUCAUCAAAGUUCGGGUGCAGAAGAAGGCGGAGAAAAUUGGUGAGGAUCUUUUGACUGAAACUACCGAAGGCAAAGGAAUCUGGGACUCUCUAGUAAGGAGAUCUUACUCCACUCCUGGAUCAAGACUUCAGUAUUACGCUGUAAGAUCUAGCCUCGCGAAAAAUAUGUGCUUCUGUAGCAUCGCAGGCGGCGGCUCAAAGAAGGAUGACGGCCAGAAGAAAAAAGAGGAUGAUUUAAACAUAUUUUCCGUGGCCUCUGGUCAUCUGUACGAGCGUUUUCUCAGAAUAAUGAUGGUGUCUGUCCUUCGGCACACAAAAACGCCAGUGAAGUUCUGGUUUCUCAAAAAUUAUCUUUCCCCUUCUUUCAAGGAGACCAUCUCUCACAUGGCAGAGAAGUACAGCUUCCAGUAUGAGUUAGUGCAGUAUAAGUGGCCGCGUUGGCUCCACCAGCAGACGGAGAAACAGCGGAUCAUUUGGGGUUAUAAGAUCCUCUUCCUGGAUGUCCUCUUCCCUUUGGCUGUGGAUAAGAUCAUUUUUGUGGACGCAGACCAGAUAGUCCGAGCUGACUUGAAGGAGUUGAGGGAUCUGGACUUGGAAGGUGCUCCUUAUGGCUACACACCGUUUUGUGACAGCCGCAGAGAGAUGGAAGGAUAUCGCUUCUGGAAAAGUGGAUACUGGGCCUCACAUCUCGGACACCGAAAAUACCACAUCAGCGCUCUGUACGUUGUCGAUUUAAAGAAGUUUCGGAAAAUUGCAGCUGGGGACAGAUUACGCGGUCAGUACCAAGCACUGAGCCAAGACCCAAACAGUCUGUCAAACCUGGACCAGGACCUUCCCAACAACAUGAUCCACCAGGUGGCCAUUAAGUCUCUCCCUCAGGAGUGGCUGUGGUGUGAAACGUGGUGCGAUGACUCCUCCAAACAAACAGCAAAGACUAUAGACCUGUGCAACAACCCAAAGACCAAGGAGCCCAAGCUGACGGCAGCAGCAAGAAUCGUACCCGAGUGGGUCGAAUAUGACAGCGAGAUUAAAGGGCUGCUAAGAAAAGUCCAGAAACAGGAGGAGACGGCGGCACAAAGACAGACGCCCUCCUCCUCCAGCGCUAAAGAACAAAACCGACGGGAUGAACUUUAAAUCCUGCCAGCUUCACGCAGAAGACGACGGAGGCAGCACCUUUUUACAAGCGGGCCACCUGUGAAACUUGAAGACAAACAGUUCCAUCUAAACAUAGACGCAGAGUGUCGCCUCCCCACUGGAGGAGGAGGUGAUCACUGCAGAGAUGCCAAAUCUGCUCCUGCAGUCAGGAUGAGCGUGAGCUUUAGGAAUCAGCAAGCUGGGUUUAAAAGGAGGGGAAAAGAUAAUGCUGGAUCAAUCAGAGCACUUUAUUAUGUGUUUUUGAAAAUGAAUUGUGUGCAGAGAAUCAGGCAGAAGCGGCACGUUUUUGAGAACUUCACCUCAAAUAAAAUAUUUGAGUUUCCUUCCAUAACAAAAGCACGUUUUAGGUAUAUUUAAAAUGAUCAUUAAAGACCCACUCUUAAGAAAAUCAUGUUUUUGGUAUUUUCUUUAAAUGCUCUUGUGCCGUUUUUCUGAUGAAGGAUGGCAUAUAAAUAUAUAUAUAUAUAUAGAAAAUUAAGCUCAAGAUUGCAUGUCUGAGUCUCUUUAUUCAAAUCUUUCUCAAUCAGAAGCAGAGGUUUUCCUCUGAAAAAAGGAGCGUAUUUGUGACAUAAAAAUAUACUGGGCGGGUCACGAGCUUCCUGCUCUGCUCCAUUCUGAUGCAUCCACUGGAUAGCGCCGAUAUUACUCGCCAUUUUUGUUGCAUGGAUGAUGUUAGAUUAGGGGUAGGGAGGGGCAGUAAAUUAGUGGAAGCUAUGGGGAGGGAAAGGGGGGCGGGGUCGCUCCAUACCAAUGGUCCCGCCCACAACUAGGUCGAAUUGCUAAGGCAGAAACUAUUUUCAAGAAAACGACAUAGGUUUUAUUCAUCAUGUUGGCUAAAACAGCAUAAUCAUAACUAAAGGACAACAGGAACGCUUUGAAAAUAGAUCAAAAGAUAAUCAGAGUGGGUCUUUAAUGGGAAAACGGUGACAGCUUUAAAUUAAAGGCCAAAUCGGAUUGUUAAUUUUUGCAAAUUUGAAACAGGAAGUGGUUCAAAUGUGCAAAAACAUUCAGUAAAAUCUAAAUUAAAGUUUGCUCCUUCACUUUCAGCCUGCACUUUAAUGCUUCUCUGACUAAAAAAAGUCUGACUCAUCCCAUCAGGAAGGAAAGUAAAAACAUAAAAAUAAAGCCGCUGUUCAGGUUAAGUCAACCAAUGCAGUUCUUAGAAAGAACUCAGUCCCUUCAGAGAAAUCUGAAGCACAGUAUAAUAAGUAAUGAGCUUUUGUUCUGAAAAUCGUUUGAUAUGCAUAAAGCAGAAGGGGGCGCUGCUAAUGAGUUCCAUUUCACUGAGGAACCUUUGGGGUAAAAAGGGCAUUUUUACUGAACCAUACUUGAUUAAAUGUAAAAAGAGCAGCUGCUCAAACUUUGCUACACCGAGUCGGUUUGUCCCACUAUGUUUGAUGUUUUUCUGCAUCCAGGACUCAUUUCUACCAGUGUGUUGAUGUCAGUCUCUGUAUUCCAUAGUUUUCAAUCAAAACUGUACUUUUUGUUACUCAGGAAUUGUGUUGUAGCAGUAAAUAGUUCUUUGUACUUUA